AUGGCCGCCCAAACUGUAUCUUACCCGUCCGAGUAUAAGGCUCCUCGAUACCCCUUCCUUGCGAAUCCCCCGCUGUCCGCCCUAAAAAAGCAGCAGCGACCCGCCCCUGCUGGUCCCCUUCCAGCCCCACCGUGCUCGCCACCCCCGGUCCCGGUCCAACUCCACCGACGCCGCUCGAACACGUACUCAAACAUCAUCGCUUGGGCCUCUCUGGUCCAGCCCGGCUCUCCUGCUCCUCGAUCCCCUCACCGUCGCCCUUCGAUCACGAGCACCACGUCGCGUAGACCCUCUCUCUCGCGUCUGAAUCGACGCCCCUCGAUCACACACGGACGUGCACCCUCUGGCCCCUUCGUUCACAUCGUCGACACGCCCACUCGCACCCACACCACCGCCUCCGUCGCCGACUUCGACCUCACAGCUCUCGGCUACACCUCUGUCUUCGUGCACCUGCCGAAGACACCCACCACCCCCUCGCCCUACCUCCGCCAGUACCACGCUACACAAGCCGCAGCCAACGGUGCCGCUAAGCCACCCACCCCACUCACAGCCAGCGCGUUCGCCCACAUCCCCAUCCCUCCAAUCCCCCAAGACGUCCCCGCACCCACCAAACGCCUCGGCAUGAAGCGAUUCCGCUCGCUCUCCAUCUUACGCCCCAAGAAAGGCUCCAAGAACACAGUGGCCCCACCAUCACCCACCAAAUCCACCAGGUCGACCAAGACCACCGCCACUGGCGCCUCCCGUAGCAAGCCUUCCACCACUGCUAUGCGUACGCGCUCGUCCUCACUCGCACAGGCCGAGAUCUGCGCCGCGAGUAUCGCGAAGCGCAAGCGCGCCAAGUACGCCUACGUGCGCCCGCCACCGCCGCUCGCGAACGAGCUCGCGCUGAUGCAGUUCGCGGACGGCGGGAGCAUGGAGUCGCACGUCAAGCGCGUGAUGGACGCUCAGGCCAAGGCCGCCGCGGGCACCUCCGGCCAGCUCGCUGGGGUUGCGGACGUGUACCGCGACGGCAAGGGCGGGGUCUGGUGGGACGCGGAUGAGGAGAUGGAGUACGCCCACCUCCUCGGCGGCCAAGACGAAACGGACGAGAUGGACUGGGAGGAGUUCGACGACGCCGAGGGCGAGCCGCUCGCGCCUUUCCUCGCCAACACCUCCGCAUCCUCAGCUGCUGCCAACAAAGAGAACCUCGGCACCUCAACGACCCCCGAAGAGCGGCGCGACAGCAUCUCCACCGUCGACUCGGACCUCGACCCCAAGUACCUCCUCCCGCUCCCCGAGAACGCCCCCGUACCCUCCUUCACCACCGGCACGCCCGACGACCACGUCCUCGCCUCCACGCGGAUCGGGGGUGCGGGCAUGAGCGUGCUCUCCCUGCCCGCCCGGCCCCGGCGCGCCGCCCUGCACCUGCACAAGCCGCGCUUCAUGCUCGACGCUGCGGCGUUUGGACCACCAAGAAGCCCUGGGAGCUCCAGCCCGAAGCCCCCUCGCUCGCCGCGGAGCCCAACGGGGGAGAGACCGAGGGGCCAGGCGCGCAGACGCCCUGCACCCCUCAAGCUCGCGAGCUCGGCGCAUGUGCGCGCGAAUGUGAAGGUUGCGCGGCGGGAGGCGGCGAACCAGCUCGUUGGCCACUCUGGGACGGCGGCAAGGCAGGUGCCCAGCCCAAGCGGUGCAGAGAAGGCGCGCAGGGAGUUCAUGGAGGACUCGUUCGCUCCUGCUGUGCCUGAGCCUGCACCUGCAUCGAUGGUCGUCGACCUACCACCAAGCAUAGCUUCGAGCAAGCGAUAUGGGAUGCGCGCUUUGUUCGGACGGAGGGGCAAUUGA